AUUAUGGAGAUAUUGCGAUGAAGGUCUAACAUUCACCCCGCCUACUACAACGGGUUGCAAACUGGGUUACAUUCAGGCUCAGUCAGACGCUAGCUGAUCGUACAGCAUCUUGUUGUUGGCUAGCUUGCUAGCUAGCAAUUAGUCGGAAACUAUUGUAGGUAGAGCUUGAGCUAGCCUAGCUAAGUCAGACAGCUAGCCACCACAGCCAAAGUAGAAGAACAAUUUGCUUGUAUUUACAACUAGCACAACUGUUUAUCCGGUGAGCUAAUGUAAUAUUCACGUGCGACCCGGGGCUUUUAAACGCAGUGAUACAGUAUUGUAGCGAAAGUUAACUACAGUAGUCUAGUACUGGACUAGUCUAGCUUAGUUAGGCUGUGUACUGUGCUAAGCUAAGUUAAGUAGGGAUCUCUCACUCUUGUUUGUUGCACGGGCGGGGACAAGUCAGGUCUGUUGCGACUUCCAAAACUAAACGGUCAGCAAGUCCAGAUGCAUGAGUCUGGGUCAGAUCAGACCACUAACAGCAGUCCAGUCAAUCAGACGGAGAAUGGGACCAGUGAGAAUGAUAAUUGGAUGAGCAGGCAAACUCUAUCUCAACAGGAAUCUGGGGCUGAUUGCCCUCAGCAACACCAGUUCCCAGUGUCAGUGUCGAUGAUGACCCCUCCAGUCGAGUCUCUCCAGCAGCAGAUCCUCCAGCAGCAGCUCCUCAGCCCUCAGCAGCUCCAGAUCCUACUUCAGCAGCAGAAAGCACUCAUGUUACACCAGCAGCAAAUCCAAGAGCUCUUUAAGAAACAGCAGGAUCAAGUCAGUGUCCAGCUUCUAGAACAGAAGCACUCUGGGAUCUCCAGUCAAGAGCAGCUGGCAGCCCAGCAGGUUGUUCUCCAGCAGCAGCUCCUCCAAGUCCAGCAGCAGCACCUGCUCAGUCUGCAGAGGCAGGGCCUGCUGUCCGUCCUGCCCAUCAGCCCCUCCACAACCCAGGGGUGUGAAAAUGGCACCAAGUUGUCUUCUGAUGGAGAGAUAUCCUCCCUUCUUCAGAAGAGUCAGCCUCACAGCCAGCAGUCCACCACUAAUGGACAUCAUGGGUUGAACACGCUAAAAAAGAUUGACAGCUCUCUGGAAGAAUUUGCCCAGAACACACAUCCUCUCUAUGGCCAUGGCAUGUGUAAAUGGCCAGGCUGUGAAACUGUCUCUGGAGACUUUCAGGCAUUUCUUAAACACCUGAACAGUGAGCAUACACUGGAUGACAAGAGCACCGCACAGUGUCGUGUGCAGAUGCAGGUUGUCCAACAGCUGGAAUUGCAGUUAAAAAAAGACAAAGAGCGACUACAGGCAAUGAUGGCUCACCUGAAGUCCACUGAACCAAAACCAGCUGUGCAACCAGUAAAUAUUGUGCCCAGUGUGUCCUUCCCCCAAGCCACAUUUCCUAUAGUCCCUCCUCUCAUGAGCUUGUCUCAGAGUGCCACCACACCCUCCACACCCCUCACACCGCUGUCAGAGUCGUCUGUGGUCACCCCCAACAGCCCUUUUGGCGGUAGCCCGGGAUGCAGACGAUACUCAGACAAGCACAGCAAGCCUAUAAGUCAAGAUAUUGUUCCAAAUAAAGAGUUCUACCUUCGCACUGAGGUUAGACCUCCAUAUACAUACGCUUCGCUCAUAAGACAGGCAAUAUUUGAGUCACCGCACAAACAGCUAACACUAAAUGAAAUCUAUAAUUGGUUCACACGGACCUUUGCAUACUUCAGACGCAAUGCAGCUACUUGGAAGAAUGCUGUGAGACACAAUCUCAGCCUCCACAAGUGUUUUGUGCGUCUAGAGAACGUGAAGGGAGCUGUUUGGACCGUGGAUGAAAUUGAGUUUCAUAGGAGACGGCCUCAGAAAUCAACUGGCAGUGGGUCUUCCUCCCUGAAGAACAUUCACAACUCUGCGUCUACUGCUCAGGCUCCAGCUCAUCUGUACGACCCAGCCUCUAUGGGAUGCAUCCCUCUCAGUGCCUUGUCCCUGGUGCUGAAGGAGGAGAUGAAAGAGGCUCUCUGCUACGGAGCUGGAUCCCAGGGUGACAGCAGUGCAGAACACUCUCCUCUGCAAGCCACUGUCAAAGCCGAGCAGGAAGAGGAAGAAAUCUGUGAGAGCUUUCCGCCUGAAUCUCCUGAGAGUAUAGAUGAGUACAGUCCCAGCCCUGGAGUGUACCACGGUGAAGAAGCUGGCAGUCCAGGGAAGCAAAGACUACAGCUGGACCACCUGCCUUCUCUCUGACCAACAUCUCCACAGCUAAACUUCCACUCUGACAGCUAGAAUAUAUUAAGCCUAAUGGCCCACUAAACGACAACACAACACAUUUCCUCUUGAGAAAAGACUUUAUCACAGUUUAAGGAUUUUUUUUGUUUCAGUGUAGUAUGUAAUAUCAGAAGACAGUAGCGCAUGAAACAAUAAAGAAACAAUUUUGUCCUACGCAGAGAUGGUAAGCUUAAUGUUACAGCCUCAAGUAAUAUAUAUAUAUAUAUAUAUAUAUUGUUAUUUUGAAGCUUUACAAUGUAGAAUUUUUUUUGUAGAAUAACCAAAGUAAAGGGAAUAUUCAUGGUCGGCACUUUGUGUUGUCUGAUAUCCCUUUAAACUAUUCACACUAUGCUGCAUCUCCAGUAGCAGGUAGGAUUUUUUCCAUGUGUGAUGAAACUAAUGACUGAAUAAAUGUACAUGGUUAAUUUACAAACAAAAAUAUAUACACUGCCAGCAAAUAAGAUUGAUGUGUAUUUAUUAAAGCUGAAUCACAAAAAGACAACUUAA